AUUCAAACACUUCCUUUGUCGGCGGUCUUGACCGGCGUUUACACUGGAAAAGGGACUCCUUCAAAAGAAACACCAUGGGACUUCUGUCUGAUCCCAACAGAAGACAGGCAUUGGUCAGCCUGCUCACUCGUCUUAAUGGUCCAAUCUGUAUUGUGUGCUAUUUUGCGGGAGUGGCAUGGUUCAUGGGUUUGGCCUUCGAGCCAUUCACCCUGCGGACAGGUAUGUCCGAGAACGCCAUGGGCUCCACCAUGGUGGAGGAACACUUUCCGGCCGGGGAGAGGGCACUGGUCACCGGCAGGGAGUUUGGGACACAAAAGAUAAAAGCAUCUGGGAUGCCUGUGAACUGGCUGGUGAAAACUAUGCAGGAUCGAGGCUUGGAAGUCUACACGCAGACCUUCUCUCGCACGCUUCCAUUCCCGGAUGAAAACAAAGAGAGAUUUAUGGUGAAAGGUACAAAUGUGUACGGCAUCCUCCGCUCCCCUAGAGCGCCACGGACUGAAGCCUUAGUGUUGACUGCACCGUGCAGCCCAGGCAAGGGUAACAACCAGGCUGUAGGGCUGUUGCUGGUUUUGGCGCAGUACUUCAGAAGUCAGGUGUUCUGGGCCAAGGACAUCAUCUUCCUUGUCAAUGAACACGAUCUGAUCGGCAUGCAGGCCUGGCUGGAGGGAUACCACCACACCAACACUACAGGCAUGGAGUGGUCUGCUAUCCGAGGCCGCGCUGGUUCCAUUCAGGCAGCAGUGUCUCUGGAGCUCAGCAGUGAUGUGGUCACCAGUCUGGAUAUUGUGCUGGAGGGGCUGAAUGGGCAACUGCCUAACCUGGACCUCACCAACCUCUUCUAUGCUUUCUGUCAGAAGAUUGGUGUCCUAUGCACCAUACAGGGCAAGCUGCAGAGGAAUGACUGGGACACAACAUCGGGCUACAGCCAUGCGGUGCAGACGCUGAUGCUGAUGGUGCUCAAGCAGGCCAGCGGGCGAUCUUGGGGCGACCACGGUCUCUUCCUGCGCUACCACGUGGAGGCGGUCACCAUCAGAGGCAUCAACAGCUUCCGUCAGUACAAGACUGACAUGACCACAGUCGGAAGGCUCUUGGAGGGAAUGUACCGCAAGCUGAACAACCUCCUGGAGCGCCUUCACCAGUCCUACUUCUUCUACCUUUUGUCGUCGCUCACCCAAUUUGUUUCCAUCAGUUACUAUAUGCCAGCAAUCGGCCUGGUCGGCCUCAUCCUGCUGCUCCGCGCUUUGGAUCUGUGGGUUCAACUCUCAGCGCCUCCAGCAACAAAAGAUGGCAUCGCUAAUGUGGAACAGUCCAGUCCAGGCGUGCUCUCCAUACUGACCCCUCUUGUAAUAAGCCACCUGACCGGAGUUGCCCUCUACACGUUGCCUGUCCGCUUCCAGGAGAUGGCGGUGGAACACUUCCCGGUUUCUGAGACCGAGGCGGUCGUGUUGACGGCCAUCGCCAUAUACACAGCUGGCCUGGCUCUGCCUCACAAUACUCAAAGGCUUGUUUCAGGCGAGGGGACGGAGCAGGGCUGGAGAGUUCUGAAGCUGAUAGCGUUGUUGUACUUGGCUGUGCUCUUGGGCUGCACAGCCCUCAUCAACUUCUCACUGGGCUUUAUCCUCGCCCUCACCCUCGUGCCAAUGGCUGCCGCAGUCACGCCACACGUCCCCAAAGUCCCGACAGCCGUCUUCAUGGUGCUCCUCAGCCCCGCCUGCACGCUGCUCUUCUCAGUCUUUGUUUUCAGCGAGCUUCAGGAGAUGCCUCUGGGCUUUCAGGAGGGCUGGCUGCUCUUCCUGUCGGUUAUAUCGCAGGGCAUCCUGGACCAUGAGCUUUACGGCUCACUGGUGUUCCCGCUGGUGGCGUUGAUGGUGUAUCCCUGCUGGUUGCUAUUCUGGAAUAUCCUCUUUUGGAAGUAGCCCACAACGAGCAUUUGACAGGUGAUCUCAGGUUCUUCUCCCACCAGGAAAUGACUGUACUGUAUAUUUUGUUACAUUCUAUUUGAGAUGGGCAUAAUAACCAAUGAAUCAUGUCUUGAAAAAAUGAGGCAAAAUGGUUAACACUACUUGGCUGUAAUCAGACAGUCUCACCUAAACGUGAAGAACCGGUUUCAUGGCAAGCUAUUUAUUUGGGAGGAAAUUAUUAUUUCCAAUUUUGUUAGGAACUGUAUUAAAAUGCCUAUUCCUAAUUUAUAAUGCUUGUUCAAAAAUGAGUUGUGGUCUGUUUGAAUUUUUUUUUUUUUUUUUUUUAUGUUUUUAUACAUUGUACAUUUUACUUCUGGAGUUAGGUGAUGCAUAAUUGUUUAAAACAGGAAGUAAUGCUGACUUGAUUCAUUUUCCAUUCAUUCCCUUUAAUGUUGUCAUCAUUAAGACAACCACAAAGUAACAUUGUUUAUUCUGCUCGUCUUUUUAUACAGUAAUAUGUUUUGAAAACAAUUCUGUUGCUGUCACAACUUGAAGGAAUCUAAUAAAAUCAAAUCAGCUACUAAAAUGUACAUCAAUUAUGAAACAAAACAAAAAAACAUCCAUGAAAAUAGAUUUUGUGAAGAGUAAAAGCACUUUUAACCACCCUGUAAACAUCCUCUCAUCUGAACGGCAACUUCACAGUUUUGCCCUGACGGAAAUCAGAUGUGCCCCACAGCUUCUGUCACAACCACCCCUCCAAUAAAUAUAAGGGUCUCUUUUGUUUUUUUUCCCCUCCUAUCUGAAAAAGAAAAAAUGGUGUGGCUGAACUCAGAGCGUCUUGUCCAUGAAAGAUGGCUGAACUCUGUUUUCCAGCUUCAUGCUACAGUGCGUAAAAUAUCUCCAGCAACCAACAAUUGGCUGCUGUGACUCUCAGUGCACUUGACAAUCAUCAUGGCGGGUGUGUGGACAACGUAUACGGCAACACUGGCAUAGCAUUUUAUGCAUGUAAGACAGCGAUGACGGGCAGUCAGCUGCUGUUUGGGGCCGGCUCACCGCGUGCUGCCUGUUGAAAGGCAUUGGGAACGUGGGCCUCAGGUUUGGCUGUAGUGCAGAUCUCGCAGCCCGGACGAGAAGGCUUGUUGAUGAAAGUGCAUGAGGGACAAGCCCACUCCGUCUAAAGGGGAGGGGGCAUCGGAUAUUAGCAUAAGCAUAAACUUUCCACAAUUAUUUUUUGCAAAAAUGAUUAAAAUUGUUGGGAAAUACCAGUGUUGUUUUUGCCAGCCCUUUUAAUUUUCCUCUUAGUAGUCCUGGGACAAUAAUUUUUAGUAGUCAUAUUUUAGUCUUUUCAAAAUGUGUCUUUGUCUAGUUUUAGUCGACGUUUACGCAAUAUUUUCGCCUGUAAAAUUCGAAAGUAUUACUCCACAAAUAAAAGUAUUUCGAAUGAACAUUGACAGACGAGCACAUAUUGAAAUCUGUUAUGUUUUAAUACACACUCAGCAGGGAAAGAACAUUAUUUUCAAUUAAUUACACCCACCUGGACUCCAUGAACUGUAUGUAAAAAAAUGCAUUUUAACAAAAUGAGGGCAUUUGAGAUCAUGUGAAAUUUAAAAAGGCGGCUAAAUGGACUAAACUAAUUCAGAUGAUAUUUUUAAUAAACAUAUUUAAUG